AUGAAGACGACUUGGAAGGAUAUUGCACCGGUCCCAACCUCCCAAGAAUUCAUUGACAUCGUCCUCAGCCGGACCCAGCGGCGGCUGCCUACUCAGAUUCGUGCGGGUUUCAAAAUUAGCAGAAUUAGAGGUUUCUAUACGCGAAAAGUCAAGUUCACCUCCGAAACGUUCUGCGAAAAGCUGCAAGCUAUCCUCGAAGGAUUUCCUCGACUCCAAGACAUUCAUCCUUUCCACAAAGACCUCCUCAACACCCUUUACGAUGCCGACCAUUUCAAAAUUGCUCUGGGCACGCUAUCUACUGCCAAAAGGCUGAUAGAAACUGUGUCCCGGGACUAUGUCAGGCUCCUCAAGUAUGCCCAGUCAUUGUUUCAAUGCAAAUCCCUCAAGCGGGCCGCUUUAGGUCGAAUGGCCACAAUCUGCAAGAGACUGAAAGACCCUCUCGUGUAUCUGGAGCAGGUGCGACAACACCUCGGGCGCCUCCCAAGCAUCGACCCAAAUACUCGAACACUUCUCAUCUGCGGUUAUCCGAACGUUGGGAAAUCCAGUUUCUUAAAGUCAAUCACUCGAGCCGAUGUUGACGUUCAACCCUAUGCUUUCACCACCAAAUCGCUCUUUGUUGGACAUUUCGACUACAAAUAUCUCAGAUUUCAAGCUAUUGACACACCCGGUAUUCUCGAUCACCCACUUGAGGAGAUGAACACAAUCGAAAUGCAAUCCAUUACAGCAAUCGCGCAUUUAAGAUCCGCCAUUCUGUACUUUAUGGAUCUGUCAGAACAGUGCGGCUACUCAGUCUCCGCGCAGAUGGCGCUUUUCAACUCAAUUAAACCACUUUUUGCCAACAAGCUUGUCUUCAUUGUGGUGAACAAGACCGACGUCAUGAAGCCGGAGGACUUGGACCCUGAAACCCAGCAACAAUUGAAGGAUUUGCUGACCCAAAACUCCAACACUGAGCUUCUUCAAUUGUCGUGCGUCACAAACGAAGGCGUUCAAGAGGUAAAAAACACAGUUUGUGAUCGAUUGAUUGCAGACCGUGUGGCGGCGAAACUAAAGGCUGGACAAGCGGCACAAUCUGCCACCGCAGAUGCGCCAACAGGCCGCCUGGGUGAUCUCAUGGCCAGAAUACAUGUGGCCAGACCCUUGGAAGGCACUGUGAUCGAGACUCACAUCCCAGAAGCCGUCAGAAAUGGCACGCACAAGAAGUACGAUAAAUCAGAUCCAGAAAAACGAAAAUUAGAGCGUGACAUUGAGGAAGAAAAUGGAGGUGCAGGCGUCUACAACAUUGAUCUGAAGAAAUUCUACGAUCUCGCCAUUCCGGAAUGGAAUCAUGAUAAGAUUCCCGAAUUCUUCAAUGGCAAGAACAUUGCUGACUAUGUCGACCCGGAUAUUGAGCAGAGACUCGCGGAGCUGGAAGCUGAGGAGGAGAAGUUGACGGCAGAAGGUUUCUACGACGAGAGUGACAGCAUGGAAGAUGAAGAUGACGCAGAAAUUCGCAUGAAAGCAGACCUUAUCCGCAACAAGAGGACGCUCAUGAUGAACGAGGCACGCAUGAAGAAGAGUUUGAAGAACAAAGCUCAGAUACCACGGGCGAAGAAGACGAGGACACUUGGGCAAAUGGAGAAGCAUUUCACCUCGAUCGGCCUUGACGCACCCGCACCUGCUGGCCGAGCGAGAGCAGAAAUUCGCAACGCCAGGCCUGUUUCAGUUGCCGGCGACCAAAUGGAGCUCGACGAAACAGCCUCUGCGAGACUGGCGAAGUCUCUGUCCAGAACCCCGAAGACCAACAGGCUCACUGAUGGACUGGGCAUGAGUGCAACAGGGGUCACGGAUCCUGUGAAGCGGGACAAAGCAGAGCGUAUGGCGAAGCUGAGUCAGCGGAAGAUGAACCGUAUGGCCAGACAGGGCGAGGCAGAUCGACACGAGACGGCUUCGUUACCAGCUCAUUUGAUCAAGGGCAAGAGGAAGAUGGGCAAGACGCGAUCGAGAUGA